CAUCACUGCUUUGAAGUCUUUGACGGCAGUGUUGAUGUGAGUGAGAAGGGGCUCCCAGAGACAAGUCUCAGCAUCAAAAUUUAACUUUCCUCCCAUAUGGAUUUGGAGACAAAAAAGGCAAACUCACCCGACAUUCACAAUUAAAAUAACAAACCUAUCACUGGAAACGACCACAGGGCUAUGGAAAUGCCAGGUUUUACAUCAAAAUGUCUUCCUCACAAUCCCGCUCAACCAUCACGACCUGCCGGGCCAAGGUACAACAGCAACCAUCAGGCAAUGGGCAGCCAGCAGAGGGGCUUUGUUCCCAUCCAAAACAGUUACAUGCAACCAAAUCCGGUGAUGGCUGCUCCCAGCAUGCACUUUGUACCCAUGAGUCAUCAGAAUCUGCAGCCGCUUCCCCCGAGCAUUGAAACGCUUGCUCAUGUCCACGGCCAGACUAACUUUGUACCAGAGGUGAUGCUGCCUAAUGGCAUGAAUAUGCGUCCUGUUGGAUUGCUGAAUGGAGAGCUGUUGUACAAAGUUACAGCUCCGUCAAACAUUACUCCUCCUCUUCCAGCCAACAUCCCUAAGAUGAAGAAGAAAACAAAAAAAGUAGAUGAGCAUUACACAGAGCAAACUUAUGUCAAGAAGCCUUUAAACGCGUUCAUGUUGUUCUCCAAGGAGCAUCGGCAAGCUGUCAAGGACAGGUCCUCCUCGACCAAUAUUGCUGUCAUAAAUGAGACCUUAGGAAAGAUGUGGCAUUUGCUACCUGAAAAGGAGAAGGCCAAAUAUUACGAACAAGCUGAAGAAGAGCGGCGACUUCAUGCCCAGCAGCAUCCAGACUGGUCUUGCCGCCACAACUAUGGAAAAAAGCGAUACAAUAAAAGGAUCAGGGAUUGAGCGAAAGGAGUGCGAGGGUCCUGAGAUUGAGGAGGAGACAAAACAGGAUGGAAAUAUAUUUGAACACUGGAAUUCAUAACCUGUACUAGUCUCUUGGGAACAGCUAACCCUAAAGGUCAAACACCAGACACUGUUUUUGACCUCUGUCCUUGUUAACUACAUCAUAUGUAUCCUAGCUAGUGAGCAUCAUUGUAUCCUUCAAAAAGGUGCGUUGUAAUUAUGACAUCUCUGAGUGAUAUUUAGUCAUUCGUUAUAAUAGUAGAUGCAAUUUAUCUGUUACCGAUGACACGGAAAGCAGGACCUGUGCGGGAAGCAUCUUGAUCCAUUGGGAGGUUCCAUUAAAUGCCCCCGCAACCGGGAAUUUAACCAUGAUCUUGCUUUGUGCUGUUACAGGAAAGUGGAGGUAAAUAAACCUGAUCGACUGUCACAUUGAUUUCUUGUCUUGACGUCUCUGUUCACAGAGCUGAUGCAAGGGGAGCAUCAGCUGAGUGGACGGGGAUGACUUUAUAAAAUGUGUGUGUGUGUGUUUGUGUGUGUGUGUGUGUGUGUCAGGAUAUUUGUAGCCACUAUCAAGUCCGCAAAUUGUCUCCACAGAAUCCUCCACCAAUACUGUCUUCAUUAGAGGUUAUUGAACAGGAUGGAAGGUCAUUAGUAUCGCUCAUAAGAUACAUAUUUGGAAACUGUUUUAUUGAGAUUACAUGUAAUGCUGCUGCAAUUGACUUAUUAGAAAAUAAAUACAUUUGAAAAUGA